GAGAAGUUGGCAGCACAGGUGGUAAGAAGGUAAAAGUUGGCAGCAGUGUCUGAUUGGAAAAAUCAAUAAUUCAGAAUUUUCAUCAUUUUUCUCGUGAUUCAGAGGAGGAAAUUCUCUGUGAAAAUUGCCAGUGAAAAGGUGCAAAAAGUGCAGGAGACAUGGCGUUGAAAGUGCAAGUUGGUCAGAAGAUCAUGAAUGAGGUGAUCCGCUACAAGGGCCCCAGCACCAAGAAACCCAACCCUGGGAAGGCAGCUAAUGUGGAAUGGAGGGUACUGGUGGUGGAUAAACUGGCCAUGCGAAUGGUGUCGGCCUGCUGCAAAAUGCACAACAUCAGUGCAGAAGGCAUUACACUUGUCGAGGAUAUCCAUAAGAAGCGUGAGCCUCUGCCCACAAUGGAGGGUGUCUACCUCAUUACACCCUCUGAGGAGUCUGUUCGUGCUCUCAUUCGGGACUUUGAUCAUCCCAAUCGUCCCAUGUACAAAGCAGCUCAUGUCUUCUUCACUGAAGUGUGUCCGGAGGAGCUCUUCAACGAUCUGUGCAAAUCGUGCGCCGCGCGCAAGAUAAAGACGCUGAAGGAGAUCAACAUUGCGUUCUUGCCAUAUGAGGGCCAAGUCUUCUCACUGGACUCGCCGGACACCUUCCAGUGUCUCUAUUCGCCGAGCCUUUCAUCGGCUCGGGUGGCGCACAUGGAGAGAAUUGCUGAGCAAGUGGCUACUCUGUGCGCCACCCUUGGCGAGUAUCCCUCGGUGCGGUAUCGCGCCGAUUGGGACAGGAAUGUGGAGCUGGCACAGCUGGUGCAGCAGAAGUUGGACGCGUACAAGGCGGACGAGCCAACGAUGGGCGAGGGCCCUGAGAAGUCACGCUCGCAGCUUAUUAUUCUCGAUCGUGGCUUCGAUUGUGUCUCGCCGCUCUUGCACGAGCUCACGCUUCAGGCCAUGGCGUACGAUUUGCUUCCGAUUGUCAAUGAUGUUUACAAAUAUCCACCGUCACCCAAUGCCAUGGACAAGGAGGUGCUCCUGGAUGAGAAUGAUGAGCUCUGGGUGGAGCUGAGGCAUCAACAUAUUGCCGUUGUUAGUACGCAGGUUACGCAGAAUUUGAAGAAAUUCACCGAAUCCAAGCGUAUGAGUCAGGGUGAUAAGCAAUCAAUGCGUGACUUGUCGCAAAUGAUUAAGAAGAUGCCGCAAUAUCAGAAGGAACUCUCCAAGUACUCCACCCAUCUCCAUCUCGCCGAGGACUGCAUGAAAUCCUACCAAGGGUUUGUGGAUAAACUCUGUCGCGUUGAACAGGAUCUCGCAAUGGGUACUGAUGCUGAGGGUGAAAAAAUUAAGGAUCACAUGAGAAAUAUUGUUCCCAUUCUCCUCGAUACGAGUGUCUCCAACUACGACAAAGUUCGCAUCAUUGCAUUGUAUGUGAUGAUUAAGAAUGGAAUUUCCGAGGAGAAUCUCUCCAAGCUCUUUACUCAUGCACAAAUUGGGCAAAAGGAGCAGGAGAUGGUGCGCAAUUUGACCUAUUUGGGCAUCAAUGUUGUCCCUGAUGGCAACCGAAAGAAACAGUACACAGUGCCGAGGAAGGAGAGGAUCACUGAGCACACAUACCAGAUGUCCCGAUGGACCCCAGUGGUGAAGGAUAUUAUGGAAGAUGGUAUUGACGAUAAGCUCGAUGCACGUCACUUCCCCUUCCUCGCUGGACGUUCACAGAGUGCAACGUAUCAUGCCCCAACGAGUGCCAGAUAUGGUCAUUGGCACAAAGAUAAGACACAGGCAGCUGUGAAGAAUGUCCCACGUCUUCUUGUCUUCAUUGUGGGUGGGGUGAGUUUCUCCGAAAUGCGCUGUGCAUACGAAGUUACGGCCAAUAAUAAGAAUUGGGAAGUUAUUAUUGGGUCAUCGCACAUCCUCACACCGGAAAUCUUUCUCAGUGAUUUGGGAUCCCUGUCCAAGGAGGAUUAAGGUACUUUCUGUUUUUUUUGACAUGGCAGUCAAUUAAUAUUAUUACUAUUAAAUUCAU